UACCCGAGGCAUGUCGGUCGGGGUAUUCCCUACCAAGAGCCCCCCAGCCCGUGCCUUUUUGACCGCUCGGGAAAAAUGGGGCGGGAUGGAACAGUCCAAUCGCCCGUCGACUACCCGACCAGACAGCUGUCAUUCCCUUUCGCCACGUGUUGAGCUCUGCACGCCUUAGGAAGUGUAACCGUCGCCUCGGGUUCAGGAACGGUCACGUCAGGCGUGAUGAUUGGUUUCCCGCCCAAAUCUCCUCCUAUAAAUAGGCCUUUGAGAACUUCAUUUGAACUUUCUUCAAUCUACUGAAGCGGUCGGUACCCUCAGAGAGUCCGGAGCACCUUCUACAGCAGAUCAGUCGAGCAAGGAAUUUCAAGCCUUCACAAGCAAAGUCUACUCGUUCGGUAAGUUCUCUAGCUCCAUUUUCUCAUAUUUUCCUUUAUGCUGUAGCAUUAGGUACGUAGGAACUAAGUAACCUCGACCUAACAUCCCCGAGCCUUUAACUAAUCCCGACCACCCCUAGGUAGUCAGGAUGUCGAGCUCGGAUAGCCAAAACGCGUCGAUCGGCGACUACGAUCAAGAGGUCGAACGGUAUAGUGAAGAGGAGAUAGACAUAAUGUCUUACUCUCCUGAGGUCGCGCAACGACCUGGUAAAGCCCCUGAGCGGGCCGCCACUCCACAGGAGCCAGCAAGAACGAGCAGAUCGUUAGGAUCCAGCUCAAGCGGCUCGGAAAGCUCGGGCAGUGAAGAGACCUCCACGAGUGGACGAGAUCUCCCGAGCAGAGGUGUUAGGGAAACACCUACUGGGGUGAUAGGGGAUCACCCGGAUGCAAUCUCCCGACCAAGUGGAGAGCCGGUCGAGGAAGAUGAAGAGAUGGCUGAGCCAGCGGCCCGGGUAGAUGACGAUGGCUUCCAAUUCCUCAACAGUGAUAGCGUCGCGGAGGAGAUGAGCGACCUCACCAAAGGAGAAGCCACGCGUAUAGCUGAAAGAUUGAGCGGCCGGGUGGAAUUUGACACCAACAGGCGGCUCGGGAACGUUAUCGAUUGGCACCAGGGCAAGUGGAUCGGGAUGCAUUACGACUCCCUAUUGGCCCCGAUCGAGUUUCCCUUCCCGGCGAUCCUGACCGCGUUCUUGGGCUACUACCGGGUGGUGCCGGCUCAGAUUUGCCCGAACUCACAUCGCAUCCUCGCCUGCUUCACCCAAAUAUGCGCUCGACACCAAGUGGCGUGCUCGAUGGAGCUUUUCAACUACAUCUACCAGGUGAAGGUGUUGUCGCCCAACUAUGGAGGAGGAUUUUUUAUGAUGCAAUCUCGAGAAGGACGAUGCACGAUCGCCGGACUGCCCGGGAAUAACAAGGGUUGGAAGAACCGGAUCUUCUCGGUCAAGUACGACCCGUGGAUCCUCCCGGUCGAUAGGGUGUGGAGUACCCAUUUCAGAAAACAAGUAGUACCGGAGGAGACUCCACUCCUCCGGGAAGCCGUGAUGAGAACCUCGAGCGAGGUUCACGAGUAUAGGAUAUUCCGGACGGCGGAAAGCCUCGCAGCAGCCCGGUUGCCGGAUCCGGUGUACGACCUGAAGGAGAAAUACAAACCGGUCCCGAUGGGAGUAGUGCCAGGAGACCCUGCUCGGAGAAAACGGAAGACAGCAGAUAUGGCGCCCAAACGCAUAGUUCGCCCGACCUCCCCUCCCCGAACCAAGAUAGCCCUAGGGAAGAAGAAGCCGGCCGGGGGCACAUCUGAAGAAACCUCGAUCCCGGUUGGACGACCGGUCAACCCGGUCACACUGGUGACCGAGGAAGGGGGCGUGGUGGAUGCCUCGGAGACCCUGGUCACCCGGGUGACCAGCAAGUCCAAGGGCUCAAGCUCGAGCAGGCCGGACGAGACAUCGGCCAGAGAGGUGGCCGGAAACAAGCGUAAGCGGUCGGAAAAGAGUCCGACUCCCACGAUCGGCUCCGGGAUGGCCGAUGCCUCCAUUCUAUCACGGAUCGGUAAUCUGACGCCGGUCGGUGCCGAACUGUCUAAGCUGAGCUCGACCCAGCUGGCCGAGCGGCUAGGGUACGGUCUCACCGAGGUUUCCAGGAUCGGGGCAAUCCUUCAUGGCCAAGCUCUUUUGGCCACCGAAGCGGACCGGUACAAGAAGUUGGCCGACCGGAGACUCAAGGACAACGCCGAGCAGGCCCUCCAGCUAAAGCGGGCCAAGGAAGCGCUCGAGAAGAAAGAGACCGAGCAAGGGACCCUGCUGAAGAAGAUGGCAGAGCUAAGGGAUCGGCUGAAAAGAUCGGAAGCCCGAUCGAGCGACCCUGAUGAGGCGGUCAAGUUUUUCUUCCGGGACGUCGCCCCUGGUAUGGAGUUCAUGCGAAAGAUGCGGUCAAACGUGAUCGCAGAUGAGAUCGUGUGGACAUUCGGCACCUGGGCUUACAGCACCGGAGAGAAAGACAUGCGCGACCGCACGGAGAAAAAUAUGCGGGAAGCGCUCGACGGCGAAGACCUCGAGCUGGUGCUGACCACGCUCCCAAGAGCCCUUCCCGACCCCGGACAGGACCCCUUCGACCCCGAGCUGGAAAUCAUCGAGCCUAGCAGAGCCGCUGCUGAAGUGGAGCCGGCCGGGAAAAAUGCUGCCGCCCCGAGCGACGCCGAAGCCGCCAAGAAAUGA